AUGGCGAUAAUAGCAACGAUGAAUUUGGUGAUGACGCUAACUGUGACGUUUCUAAUGGUGGCCAACAACGCGGCGUAUAGCGACAUUGUAGAUGAAGUUACUGCUGCUUUAGCAGCCAUAGAAACUGCUGGAGUAGCUGACGAUACUACUCGUGAAAAGCAUAUAGCUAAAACAAUGGAAAGAAGUUCUACUUAUGGUCAAGAUGAACGCAACCAACGCCGAAAUGGUAAGGAUACUUUGGCGUUCGAACCAGGUGACUGCAAUAGCACUGCCAGUCAUCUUAGCCAUCACGCCGCCCAUAUUACCAUCAAUCUCGUAUCAUAUAUCAUGCUCGUUAUUAUCAGUAUAUCAUAUCGUAUUUAUGAAACACAUUGA